AGCAGAAUACAGUGAGAUUUGGCCAAAAAUGGAGGGUCGAAUUUAUACGCAAGCUGGAACGGUUUCAACAAUGUCUGAUGAAGAACGCCAGAAGCUUCUGAAAGAAAUCGAAAUGUUUCAGAUGAUCAAGAAAAAGCGAGAAGCGAUGGAAAAAGAAAACGAAAUGCUCAGCAGAAGAUGCGAGGAGUUAACAAUGAGUAUCAAGUGCCAAAAGCAUCAACGCCAAGAACUGAUGAAAGAGCGUAUCGAGCUGGGACCUGAGAAUGGAAAACUGGCAAAAGACGCAAAGAUUCGACUGAAAGCGUACAUAAAAUUGAUUGAGAGAGAAGAAUUCGACCCAUCCAUCCCAGGACCAUCCAGCCAGUGAAUUUCCCAUCGGUUACAAUUUCGGGCCAACGUUUGUUUAAUCAUAAUUUUUUAAACUUUAAAUAAUUCAGUGUUUGAUAAAUGUUCGAAAAAAAUUUUUCCAGACAAUUUUCUCUUUUUUCUCUACUUUUCUCUUGCAUUUUUCUGAAGUUUUCUGUUCUGUUUAUUUAUUCAAUUGAUUGAAUAAUAAAUGUUAGUUUU